GCGCUGCAGAUGCCUUCUGAGCCCAAAAAAAUUUCUCAGUCAUCUCUGCAACAAGCGCUCAUCCCUUCCCGAGAAGACACUGACCACAGCCCAGUCUUCUCUCUUCUCUUCUCCUUUCGUCGCCAUUGAUCCCUCCUCCUCUCUUCCACGACCAAAUGGAGCCGGCGCAACACCAAGCCAGCAGCUUAGGCGACGACGACGAAGGAGGCGCCGCGGAUGCAAGGGGAUUCGGAUGGAGCAGCGGCGAUGUCGCCGGAGACAUGAAAGAGGAAAUGACUCCCGGAUCCGGAGAGAGGAUGUUCCCGUAUUCAUGCGGCGGGAGCGACAACUCCUGGUUCGUGAACAGUCACAGUGAAGGAGACGCAUCGCGCUCGCCUUCCUUGCUUCAACUCCAUUCACAAGAGAAUUGCGAUUUCUCUGCUGUUAUUGACUCCGGCUAUGGCGGUUGCGGUGGUCUCGACCCCACUGAAUCGACUCUCUCGCUCCAUCCUCAUCCCUUUCAUCCCCAUUAUCCUCCUUACUUCUCGUCGCUAUUCACCGCCGUCUGCAACUAUCCUUUUGACGAUAAUCUCGAAUUACUGAGGAAUUCCGGGUUCUCGGAUACCCUAGCCUGGAAUUCGAACGAUGCUAUGAGUUCUCAGGGGUUGAGUUCGCAGAUGAGGCUUGCCGAAUCGGACUUGGGGUUCCUCAUGCGCCACACACCUGCGGACAAUGGCGCCGCCGCCGUAUCUUGCUGCGGUUUUGGCCCAGCGAGCUUGGAUGGAUAUGGAGCCAUGGCUAUGAAGACACUCGAUAGCCCACCUUCGGGAAUGGGGACAUCUGAUCUAAAUCUCCUCCGGAAUAGAUCGAUUAUGCAUAAGAAAUCAGAUUCUGGAGAGCCAUGUGAGAAUCUCAUGUUGUCCGAGUACGAUAAUAACGAUGGAGUGGAGAUUUCAAACGCCACUAGUUCAGCUAUGGACGGAGGGGAUCCCAAGGGGAAGAAGAAGGGGAGGCCUCCUGCGAAAAAUCUUAUGGCGGAGAGAAGAAGAAGAAAGAAGCUUAAUGACAGGCUGUUCAUGCUUAGGUCUAUUGUCCCUAAAAUCAGCAAGAUGGACAGGGCUUCCAUUCUUGCAGAUGCCAUUGAUUACCUGAAGGAUCUUCUGCAGAGAAUCAAAUGUGUAAAUGAUGAACUGCAGUCAUUGGCAUCCGCGGGCUCUUCUAUGACAUUCCCGGUGAAGAAGGAAUAUCGGAAAACCGCAUUAUCAAGCCCAACUAAUCAGCCACCAAUGGUACAAGUUGAGGUUAGAGAAGACAAUGCUUUCAAUAUCCACAUGUUCUGUAGCUGUAGACCCGGGCUUUUGCUCUCCGCCAUAAGGGCCUUAGAUAGUCUUGGCAUGGACAUUCACCAGGCAGUCAUCAGCUCUGUUGAUGGUUUUGCUUUAGAUGUUUUCAGAGCUGAGAAAUGCAAACGAGUUGUUGAUGUUCACCCUGACGAAAUCAAAACUGCUCUUUUGGACACUGCCGCUUUCCAUGGGCUGGUAUAGAUUUUGUUGUGUCAAAAAGUUCAGGAAAAAUGCACACUGUGAGCCACUGUUUGUCGGAGGCCCUCUCAGGGACACGGCCGAUUUACUCCUUAGAGUAGAGGUAACGUUUGCACGCAUUUUGGUCUCUUAGACUCAAAAGUAGAGGGAGGAUAAGAAGGGUGGGAUGAAUUGAGCUUGUUUGGUUUGGUUAUGAACUUUAGAAAAUAUGGUUUUGUGUUUUGGGAGUUCUAACUGCAGGUUCUUUGUAAUUUAUAACCACUGAGUAGCUUUCUUGAAAUGGCAGUGUUUUGGUAAUAAAGAGCCAGUCUGUUG